GUUUACGAUUAAUAUCGGUCGCACCCAUACAUUUCCCGGCACGGGUAUACAAACUGUUCCCCACUUUCCCAAUGCGAUAUCUGUCCGAAAAUGGAGUCUUCUACAUGCCGUGUUUGUUUGGAGGACAAGGAGAACAUGCUAAACGUCUUCCAAGCGACACCGGCAACCGGGAUUUCUGUAGCGCGCAUGAUUUUCCAGUGGAGCGGCUACCGUCUGCCGCAGGAUCCCUUUCCCAACACCAUUUGCUCAUCCUGUAGGCAGGAUGCGCACAGUGCCUACCAGAUGGACCACGCGCACUGGCAAGAGUACUCGGUGAAGGAGGAUGUAACGGAGGAGGUAGCGGAGAAGGAGAAGGCAGCGAGUGGCGGAGAAGGAGCGAAUCAGUUCGAUAUCCAAGUGAAGGAGGAAACAAUCGAUGACACUGCGUGCUGGAGCCAAUCGAUGAUUUAUGGAAUUCCGGGGGGAUUCACACGGUAACCAGGCUCCACCGCACGUGAGGAACGAGCCACUGGUGGAGGACGUAAAAAAGGCCUGAAACCCAAUAAGAAUAAGAAAAAGAAUAAUACGAAUAUGGCUCCCAUGUGGGAUAUGUGCUCCAAGUGCUACUUUCACUGCCGCAGUCUUAGGCGCCAUGAGAAAGUACACAAGACGGAACCUGCAGUUGGGUUCAGGAAGCGGAAAUGAGCCAAAGGGAUAGAGCCAAGUUGAAGAAAAGACUUAUGCAACGUGUUACCAAAGUUUAGAGAUCUCCGGAAUGCGGACACCUACAAAGUUACCUUAUAAUGAUUAUAUAGUUUUUAUAUAUGGAUUUUAAAAUAUUUUUCUUUUAUUUAAGAUGCGGUUUUAAUUUAAGAAAAACAAUGGAAUGUACUUUAGAAUAAGAUGCAGUGAACUUUAAACGCUUGGACUUUGUAUUUGGUAGCAGUUUUUAUUUGAAGGUUUAUGUAUAACAAUAUACAGCAUAUAGUAUAUACAACAUGAUUUCAUAAAAUUAGGUACUAGAGUUUUAUAUAAUUAUAACUAUAAAGUACUAUGUAUAACUCUCUCUUCGUCACGCGCAAAAUUUCCAAACCUUCGGAAUAAAUUAAAGGACUAAAAUGUA